GUCAACAUGUGAGUGGUUGAUACUAUUUUCUCAUAUUUGUGAACAAUAUACUUAUUGUGCCAUAUUUAUUACAGUUUAAUGAUUUCCUUAUAGGAUCAUGUACCCACAGUAAAAUAAUAGAUCAUCUGACAAACACGUCUCUACAAUGAGGAUUUUUCGGACUGUUCAGGUGGGAUUGUUGGUGGCUGUGCUGGCGGCGCUUGUGUCCUGUGAGAACAAGGAGGAAAAAAAGAAGAAGCUUCAGAUCGGUGUAAAAAAAAGAGUGGAUCCAGAAAAAUGUACCAUUAAAUCCAGGAAGGGGGAUGUGCUAAAAAUGCACUACACGGGAACGCUGGAAGAUGGAAGUAAAUUUGACAGCAGCUUGGACAGAAAUGAACCAUUCAAGUUCACUUUGGGGUCUGGACAAGUGAUAAAAGGAUGGGAUCAGGGACUUUUAGGAAUGUGUGAAGGAGAGAAGAGGAAGCUAGUUAUUCCCCCUGAUAUGGGCUAUGGUGAUCGUGGAGCUCCUCCUAAGAUCCCUGCUAAAGCAGUGCUUAUAUUUGAGGUGGAGCUGCUAGGAAUCGAGAGGAAUGAAGAACUUUAAGAAACACAUGCUGCUUUAUUUGUCAACCAUGGCUUUAUCACAUAGAAUGAACGAAAUCACCAUUUGUUCAUGCUUUUCAAAGAAUAAAAGGGUUCAUUAUUAUUUAUGUCUAUAUAUAGUAUCCAUUAUUUGCCUUUAAUUUCCAUACUAUACAGUGUUUGUGCUAGAGCAUGUUUCUUGAUUUAGUUAAUGGGAAAUCUUAGUUAGAAUCAUGACUACUAGAGUGAAAUUAACACAUGAGUUUUGGUAAUAUUUAACAAUAAAAUGAUUUGUUUUGGC